AUUAUGGCAGUUUCGGCGUUUCUAUCGUCAGGGUCUCUGAAGGCGACCGUGACUGCAUGGCAUGCACAUAAAUAACGUCUCUGCGCUGGCUCCCCACCUAUGAUAACUAGCCUCGUAUCUCUGCGAGUUCAACGAUUCGUCUUCGCUUCUUCUACGUAAAGUUUGAAGCUCAUACGUACCAUGACGACGAAGGUACAUGUUGUUGCAGAGACAGGAUUUGGCGCUGGGACGAAUGAACUGUAUGAUCGAGCUCGCCCUUCGUACCCAACUGAGUGUCUUUCGUACAUUCGCCAGGUAUCCAAGAGCACGGCACCUUUGAAUAUUGUCGAAAUUGGGGCAGGGACGGGUAUCUUCACCCGUGCCUUGUUGGCUCACUCGGAGUGGGUCACGAGUAUUGGUACGCUGAGAGCUAUCGAACCUAGCGACGGCAUGCGUGAUGUGUGGAGGAAGACUGUCAAUGAUACUCGUAGUUCUAUUGUCAAAGGGACAUUUGAUGACACUGAUGUGGAAGACGGGUGGGCAGACCUUAUCAUUAUUGCACAGGCAUUCCAUUGGUGCCCCGAUUAUGGGAAAGCGUCAGCUGAAUUCGGUCGUAUCUUGAAGAAGGAUGGCGCAGUCGUGUUUAUCUGGAACCUUGAAGACAGAGACGGUGCAGGUUGGGUUGCACAACUCCGUGACUGCAUCGAAGCUCAUGAGCAAGGGACGCCCCAAUUUCGCCUCGGUCUCUGGAGGAAGACGUUCUCUACACCCGAGUAUACCUCCUUGUUCCAUCCUGAGGAGGAGGCAGAAUGGGCAUAUCAUCUUCUUGCUAGUGAACAAAUUGUUACGGAUCGCGCUCAGAGUAACAGCUACAUUUCCGUGCUCCCUCCAGACGAAAAGGCUAAGGUACUGGAGAACAUUACAGGUAUCCUCGAGCGGGGAGAUGGUAGAGUUUGGAUUAACAAGGAGGAGGGCACGUUGGUAUCUAGAAAGAAGUAG